CUUACCUUUGAGAAUGUGGUGCGGUUCCUUGACGGUGGUGUGUCUCCUUGUAUUGGGGCUUUCGGAGGCUCGCAAGGGAUUUGGACCUGGAGAGCAGGACUGGGGUUACGUGGACGUUCGCGAAGGGGCGCAUAUGUUCUACUGGCUCUUCUACACCACGGCCAAUGUGAGCAGCUACACGGAGAGACCGCUGGUCUUGUGGCUCCAGGGCGGUCCAGGAGGAUCCUCCACGGCUCUAGGAAAUUUCCAAGAACUGGGACCUGUAGAUACAAAUGGUGAUCCACGCGAGGGUAACUUUGUGCAGCACGUCAAUGUGCUGUUCAUCGACAAUCCCGUGGGGGCGGGCUUCAGCUAUGCGGAUAACACCAGUCUGCUGGUGACCAACAAUGAGCAGCUCAUCGACGAUCUCAUGACCUUCAUGUUGCACUUCUACAAGUUGCACAAGGAGUUUAAGGACGUACCGCUGCACAUUUUCUCGGAAAGCUAUGGUGGUAAAAUGGUACCUGCCCUGGCCAUUCGACUCGACGAGGCCAUGAAGACUGGUGAGGUGGCACAGCCGGGAACCCUAAAGUCUGUGACCAUCGGCAAUCCCUGGAUAUCAACUCGCUACAUCAGCCGGGAGCAUUCCAAGUACUUGUUCGUCAACGGCCUGGUCGAUGAGGAUGGCGUGGUGCUACUCGAUGCCCAGGAAGAGCGCAUCCUCAGCGCACUAAAAAGACACGAGUUCAGUAACGCCACGGAUGAGUACAUAAAGUGGUUUCAGCUCAUGCAGGAGCUGACUGGCCAGACCUACCUGUACAACACACAGACCCACGUAGAUCUUUCCGAGGACCGCACGUACGGCUACGGAGAUGAUUUAAUAAGCUUUAUGGGUGUGAACGUGAGUGAGGCCCUGCAGGUCAACGGCAGUGUCUAUGCGUCGCAGGUUAUGGAUGUGCUAACCAGUCUGCACGGAGAUCGGCUCAGAUCGGAUAUUAAUGCGAUUCCCCGACUGCUAAAUGAAACCUCCGUAAAAGUGAAUAUAUAUUCCGGACAGUUGGAUAGCCUGGUGCCCACCACAGCCACUCUGGCCUUGAUCAAGGACUGGGCCUGGAUUGAUAAGUCGGAAUAUCUGGAGGCCAAGCGCACCCCCAUCGUUGUCGAUGGCAAACUUCAGGGUUUUGAAAAGGUCGGAGGCAAGUUCGGGAUGUACUGGAUCAAUCGGUCGGGUCACUUGGUCCCCGCCGAUAACCCAACUGCCAUGCAGUACGUUCUUAAAUCUGUGACCCAGUACGAUAGCCAAACCUCAGAGUAGUUUAUUUAAAAUUAUAUUUAAGUUUAAGGUACCCAAAAUAAACGAACACAUAUUAUUAUACCCGUUA